CAAAAUAAGUUUCAGUUUCAGUUUGUGUGCGACGACGACGGUGAACGCAUGCGAGACAAACGCAGCGGGUAACGUAUGCGAGCUCAGUUCCGAAACCAAAUUCAAUUUCGAUAACGAAUUCGAUAACAACAAAAGCCCAGCGGCAAAUAAACCAAACAAGUUGAUAUCCACCGAGUGAGACGCGAAUUUAUCUGCAUCUACACCAGUAUAAAACUUGAAGGAAAAAAAUAAAUAACAACUAUAAAACGGCUAAAAGUGCAGCUAUAAAAACACUUAAAGCUAACAAAGUGCGAAUCGAUAGUGAAAACAUAGCAAAAACAUAGUAGGAAAGCGAAAGUGCAACAGCAGGUGAUAAAGAUCCAGAAACGGAGCCAACAACAGAGAGACAGAGAGAGAGAGAGAGAAGGAGAAACGUAGAGUGAGAGAGAGAGAGAACCCCAGAGAGAAGCAGACGGCGCUGGGCGCUCAAUCCACAUAAAAAUGCUGACCUUCUCGACGCUGCUCUGUUGCAUGAUGGGCCUUACAUUGUGCUACCAGCGGCAAUCUGUGAGCAACAACAACAAUCACAAUAAUGCGGAUUCAAAGCCAACACAUUUGCCACCAUUACAUUAUCCGCACGGCCACAAAUGGAAUGAGCCCUAUUUCGAUCUGACAAUGCCAAGGAAUAUAACAUCCCUUGUGGGCAAAUCCGCAUAUUUGGGCUGCCGUGUCAAGCAUUUGGGCAACAAGACGGUCGCCUGGAUUCGGCAUCGCGAUCUGCACAUUCUCACUGUGGGCACAUAUACUUACACAACGGAUCAGCGUUUUCAGACCUCUUAUCAUCGCGAUAUUGAUGAAUGGACAUUGCAAAUCAAAUGGGCCCAGCAGAGAGAUGCUGGCGUUUAUGAAUGCCAAAUAUCAACCCAGCCGGUGCGCAGCUAUUCGGUCAAUUUGAACAUUGUGGUUCCAACAGCAACGAUACUCGGCGGACCCGACCUCUAUGUGGAUAAGGGCAGCACCAUAAAUCUUACAUGCAUCAUCAAAUUUAGUCCGGAGCCACCAACACACAUUUUCUGGUAUCAUCAGGAUAAGGUGCUCAGCGAGGAGACUGCGGGUGGUCGUUUGAAAUUUAAGACCAUUAAGUCGGAGGAGACCAAAUCAAUCCUCCUCAUCUACGAUGCGGAUUUAUUGCACUCAGGCAAAUACUCAUGCUAUCCAUCGAAUACAGAAAUUGCCAGUAUACGCGUCCACGUUCUCCAGGGCGAGCGACCCGAAGCAAUGCAAACGAAUGCAGCGCCAGCUGCUGUUGCACUGGCCUGGACCUGCCACACCAAACAGGCAACACAGGCAGUCAAAGUAAUUAGCACAAUGGUCGCGGUAUUUGUAUUGUUGGAGGCCUGCUGCACUCUGUUGCUCCAGGGAUCUGGCGGUGGAACAACCGGAGGGGGAGGAGAAGAAGAAGAAGCAGGCGAUAGAGUAGCUCGACUUGAGCAGAGUCAAACGGCAGAGGCGAACAACAGCAGCAGCAUCUGCGAUAGCGUUAAGCAAGCUAUCCAGCAGACAACGUCAACGUCAUCCGACCAUGUCAAUACAAGUAGGACAACUGAACGGUGAUAAAUUAAAGCUGCACAGUUUGCCAGCACCACGGAAAUGCCACCGCCAAUGCCGCAGCCAAGUCAGCGAAUGUAACUAAGUGGCCAGCCCGCUGGAGAGCUAUCAAGAUGUGAAGCCUGGCUGUCGCACAAAUGAUGCAAUGCAGCAGCACCAGUAACAGCAUCAGCAGCAGGAGGAUGAGCAAUAGUAACAGUGAUAAUGACAGUGGCAGCACCCGAGAAUAAUACCACCAAAAACUGGUUAGCUAAUUAUGCUAAUGAUGAGCGGCUUUAGAUGAGGCUUCCUUCGAUGUUGUUGGUGCUUCUGCUGCUGCUGAUAUUGAUAUUGCUCCUGGUAUACUCUCUAAGUUGUAAGUAAGUCAGUGUGUAGUUAAGUGGGUUGGGUUUAGCUGAGCUCGGGGCAAUACCAGCUAUGUACAUAGUACUCUUACCUAAACUUAUAUGCCCACAGUAAGUUCAUAGUAAAAACAUAUACUAAAAUGAAAUCAUAUAGUUGAUAUAUUCGCAAACUCUGUAAGCGUAAAGAAACUUACCAAUGGAAUCUCCAAUUGUUUAGGGCAUGUUGCAAUAUUUUCAUAUAUAUUUAAACAUUAUUUAGCCUAACUUGUUGUAUAUAUCGUUUGUUGUUUAUACUCAGCAUCAAUUAUACUAAGUUUUAUAAUAAUCAACUGUAUUUUUAAGACCUAGCUAAUAAUCAAUGUAAAUAUUAACGAUUAUCUAUUCUGAGGCAGUUAACUUCGAUUAUGAAUUUUUAUACAUACAUAUAUUUUUUAUAUUUUUUCACAAUGUUCCUAUAAGCAUCUUAUAUUUCUUAAAGCUUUUCCUAUGCCAGAUUACUUGAAAAUCAACAACUUUUAAGGAAACCAAGUCAUUUCAAGUCAUUAGUUUUCUUGUCAUUUCGUUUGGAAUGCGUUUUAUAUGUACUUUUGGUGUUAACUGUUGGGUUACUGCCUCUGUCUUUGGCAGGAUUUCUAAAUUGUUAUGCUUAUCUCCUUCUCCAAAAAAUGUCAUUCGCCUGUCAUGAGUAUCUCAUAAAGUAUCAAGGACAUUUUGCCCAGUACCAAACUUUGCAGUUAGUUGUUAGUUUGUGCUCGGAACUUCUAUUUCAGCAUGCCCGGCUCCAUUUCCCAAGAAAGCUGCAACUCACUUUGCCAUUGCCUGUCAACAAAAUAUUUGCAUUUCCAUUUGCCAAGCUGUCCACUGAGGUAUAGCGCCCAAGGCUUCAGUUAGUCUGAAAACAUUUCGACCGGUUUCCGCCUGGGUCGAUAACACAUGGUUGCACAGGUACUCCAUUUCCCAAGGCGUCUUCCUGCACCUCUGCAAAUUGUUCACCCAGCGCUUGGCGCCGUUUAAUGUGUCACAUUUAAAAAUGCAUGCGACUGUCCACUUUAAUGGGCGGACGACUAUUAAAUAUCAUGACCAUUUGCCAGACAGGGCUGGACAUUUAACUGAUCAAAAUUGUAAAUAAAGUUGCAUGUAUGGUACGUAUAAAUUAACUCUGCUGUAUUUAACUGAAUGUGGUAGGAAUAUGUAAAUGUAUGUUCGCAAAGGGAAAACCAUGUGCAGUCAUAAAUAUUAAUGUUAAGAAUUAAAAAUUAUAAAUGUAUGCCAGCGAAAUUAGUCGCGACAUAUAAAUGAAUGUUUAAUGAGUAAAUGAAUGUUACUAUAAACAUUACGCAGAUCACGAAAACCAAACAUAAUAACAACAACAAUAAUUGCAGUUAAGAGCAAAGAGUACAUAUAUUGUGUGUGUAAUACGUAUGUAUAAAAGUUAAGUUGAGUAUUAUAACCAGACAUAAUAAUAACAAUGAAAUAAAAAAAUAAAAUUAC